AUGAUUGAUUCGUUUUGUAUUCUUUUGCUCUCGUUUCUGUCGCGAGUCGCCCAGGCCGCCCAGCCGUCUGCUCCGGAUCCCAUCUCGGUGCCAUUACGGGAUCUUACAUGGGGCCAACUGAACUUCCUUCAUACGACUGAUACUCAUGGCUGGCUGGCCGGUCAUCUGCAGGAGCCCUCGUACUCUGCAGACUGGGGCGACUAUGUCUCGUUCGCAACGCGGAUGAGAGAGAAAGCAGAGGCACAAGGCAGGGACCUGUUGGUCAUUGACACUGGCGACCGGGUCGAGGGGAAUGGCCUCUAUGACUCGUCGGAGCCCAAGGGGAUAUAUAUUUCGGAGAUCCUCCGUCAGCAACAUAUCGACUUACUUUCCUCGGGUAACCACGAACUCUAUAAAAAGAAUACGUCUGAGGCAGAAUUUUUGAACACAGUUCCAAACUUCCGGAGCAACUACUUGGCAUCCAAUAUCGACAUUGUCAAUCCAAAGACCAAUGAGGUGGUUCCAUUGGCUCCGCGAUUUACGAAGUUCACCACUAAAAACCAGGGGAUUCGGAUUGUAGCGUUUGGCUUCCUUUUCGACUUCACAGGCAAUUACAAUAACACAAUCGUGCAACCUGUGGAGGAAACCGUAAAGGAAGAUUGGUUUCAGGAGGCCAUUCGUGAUACAGAUGUUGACCUCUUCGUCGUGAUCGGGCACACUCCUCUGCGGACUGCCGAGUAUCGUUCGAUUUUCCAUGAAAUUCGAGCGGUUCAUCAAGAAAUCCCCAUACAGUUCUUUGGUGGCCAUCUCCAUAUCCGUGAUUACGCUCGAUAUGACUCUAGAGCCUACGGCUUAGCCAGCGGCCGCUUCAUGGAAACCAUUGGUUUUAUGUCCAUUGAUGGACUUUCUACAGGAAAAUCUAUCAGCACGACACCGGCAACCCCUCUCCGCUUCAAUAGAAGAUAUAUUGACAACAACCUCUAUUCAUUUCUUCACCAUACCGGCCUUGAUGAAGAGAGCUUCCCAACAGAACAUGGACGCAAUGUCUCUCAACUCAUUCAUGAGUCUCGAGUUGCUCUGCAGCUUGAUGAGGUGCAUGGCUGUGCUCCCAGGGAUCUUUGGGUGAACCGUGCCAGGUAUCCAGAUGAAGACAGCAUCUAUACAUGGCUCGAGACACAGGUGCUUCCAGAUUUGUUGAAAGAUGGCAUUCGCGGUGCACAGCCUGCUCUUGCUAUUGUUAAUACCGGGGCCAUUCGGUUCGACAUUUUCAAGGGACCUUUUACCCAAGAUUCCACCUUCAUUGUGUCCCCGUUCACCAGCGGGUUUCGAUAUGUGAAGGAUGUCCCAUAUGAAAAAGCGCAACUGAUCAUUCAAGUUUUGAAUAAACAACCGCAGAUUCUCACACAAUCUGAACAGAACGCAUUGACUUUCACGCUGGGGCCACUGGAGCAACUAGCUUACUCCGAAGACGUCGUUGCUGAUUCGGCAUUGAAUAGUCGAGUCGUGCCUGGUCAAAUCUUGCUCUCUACCCCGGAGGAAUCACGGACGAAACUCAUCCCUGGUUACAUAACCAGUGAUGAUGAAGGCACAGAUGGCGAUGACACUAUCCAUUCAUCGAUAUCUUUUUACCGUGUUCCGAACUGCAUUCAUUCGCUGAUCUCUGUCAAUGGUUCUACUGUGCCCGAAACCGUUGAUCUAGUGUACAUUGAUUUCAUCGAGCGGUAUAUGGCCCUCGCGGCGAAAUUUGUGGAUUUGGACAUCGACUUCUUCCAAGACAGUGAAGUCUUCAUGCCGUCAAAGUCGUUCACGGACGUGAUUUUGGGAUGGAUCAAGAAGAACUGGAAAUGUUGA